CAUACAUUUUGAUCUGGCCACUUUCUGUUUGUAAGCCGGCUUACUUAACAUCUGCGAGCGAAAUAUUUAAUAUUAGAAUCAUCCAAAAUGUGUGGGAUUUGGGCUGUGUUUGGUUCUGAUGAAAAUGUGUCUGUGCAGUGCAAUGCUGUACACAAGAUUGUCCACAGGGGACCUGACGCGUUUAGGAUUGAAAAUAUCAACCAUCUUCAGAACUGCUGUUUAGGGUUUCAUCGUUUAUCUAUUGUUGACGACAUCAGGGGGAUGCAACCCAUGCGUCUGUACACUCAUCCUUACAUCUGGUUAAUUUACAACGGAGAAAUUUACAAUCAUAACUCGCUGAGAAAGGAAUUUGAACUUAAAGGCAGUACAGAAGUAGAUGGUGAACCCAUAAUCCAUUUGUACGAGAAGUUUGGACCUGAAGAGAUGGCCAAGCAUCUUGAUGGGGUAUUUGCGUUCUGUAUAUUGGACACCGCCAAUAGGAAAGUAAUUCUCGGAAGAGACACGUAUGGUGUACGACCUUUGUUUAGGUUCCAGACUGAGCAAGGGUUUUUGGCUGUUUGUUCGGAAGCUAAAGGUCUGUUUGGGUUAUCUCACAGCCUCUCCGAUGAUGAAGUUCACAUUGAACCCUUCCCACCUGGCCACAUCGAGGUGUACAACCUGGAUAAAGAUGGCCGAGCAUUUCUAGACAAGAGGGUACAAUUUCACGAGCCUUGCCAGCAACCACUACAUAAAAAAAACUCUGAUCUACCAAAAUCGAAAGAGAUUGAAAUAAUUCAAUCAACAAUUAGACAGUUAUUUGAGAGUGCUGUAGAGAAACGUCUUAUGUCGGAGAGGAGAAUCGGCUGUCUUUUAUCUGGUGGUUUAGACUCAAGUCUAGUUGCGGCUCUCCUGGUGAAACUGGUAAAGAAAAAGAAUGUCCCAUACCCUAUCCAGACAUUUGCUAUAGGCAUGGAAGGUAGCCCAGAUCUCUUGGCUGCACAGAAGGUGGCUAAGUUUUUGGGCACUGAGCACCACGAGGUACUGAUGACACCUGAGGAGGGGCUAGAAGCUAUAGACAAGGUGAUUUAUCACCUGGAGAGUUAUGACAUCACAACAGUGAGGGCUUCUGUAGGUAUGUUCCUGCUGAGCAAGUACAUCAAAGAGAAGACGGACACGACCGUCAUCUUGUCUGGGGAGGGGUCUGACGAGCUGGCCCAGGGCUACAUCUACUUCCAUCGUGCCCCCACCCCUGAGGACGGCCACAACGAGAGUUUACGUCUGCUGAAGGAUCUCUACAUGUACGACGUGCUCAGGGGGGACAGGACAACUGCCGCCUGGGGGCUAGAGAUCCGUGUGCCAUUCCUGGACCAUCUGUUUACACACUACUAUCUCUCACUGGACCCAGAGCUCAAGCAGCCCAAGAAUGGGAUAGAGAAACAUUUGCUCAGAUCAGCUUUUGCUGAUGAAGGCCUUUUGCCUGAUGAGAUUCUGUGGCGUCCUAAAGAAGCUUUCAGUGAUGGGAUCUCAUGCAUGACUAGGUCCUGGUAUGAGAUUAUACAAGACCACUGUAAGGAGCAGAUCAACGAGACGGACCUGGCAAAAGCCGCCAGCCUGUACCCCCACAACCCUCCCAAAACGGAGGAGGCGCUGUACUACCGCAGGAUCUUUGAGAAGUACUACCCUCACAAGGCCACCUGGAUCCCUUACUUCUGGAUGCCCAGAUGGUCACAGUCCAGUGACCCGUCGGCCCGAACACUCAAACACUACAAGCAGUGAGUCAGGCUGACAUUGGACCCAUACAAACAACUUGUUAGGUUGGAAUCUCCAGUGUACAACACACUAAAUGCUCUAGAUAUUUUAUUUUAUUUUGAAAACUUGACUGACUUAUUUUCAGUUGUUUUUGACCAUUGUGCCAUACACAUCUAACAAAUAUUUACUAUUUUCAAAUUUUAUUUGGUUUUAAAAUAAAAUACUCUAUUCUUAUUGAC